UGUCAUGGGAGGGCGGGGCCUGGCUGUACGCCGCUUGCUGCUGGGGAAACAAACCGGAGAGCCGAGACUGGACAAAAUUGUGCCAGUGUGCGAGAAACUCCCGCCAUUUCGCCUCUUCAAGAUAUCGUUUUCAAGAACCACGCAUAUUGUCUGAUUUUCUGGCUUUUUUUUUUUAUAAAACGAAGAAGGGAAAGCGGGAAAGUGCAAGGAAGUUCGAUAACCCAGCGUGAGCAGUUCACCGAGCGAGCGAAUUGUUGUUCGCGCCAGACCUCCUGCUGGACGGUGCCGAUUGCCGCGAAUUUGACUUGGUCUUGGACUGCAUCCUGACAGCUCGACCGGGGAACUCGGAAGUUCGCCGAAUAUCUCAAGACGAGCACUAAAAGCUCCAUUGCGUAUCCGGGAUUUACCUUGCAAACACUAUGGCGUCACCGCCGAAGCAGAGAAGAGGAAUUCGAUGAAGAGGGGCCCAAGAAGGAAUACUUUUGGUUUUGCAACGCGAUAGCAAACCGGGCUACUAACUAGCCUGCUAAGCUGCUACACGUUGACUUCCGAGGCCUACCGGUGAUACCGUGCUACAUGCUAUCGGGCGCCGGGAUACGGGCUGAGGUCAUAUUAUCUCACUUCGGUGUGUUAAAGGGAUUAUUUACCAAUACAGUCGCCGUUUGAUUGACAAUGGCGCCGCUUUUGGGCCGGAAGCCUUACCCGUUAGCUAAGCCCUUAGCCGAGCCACUAGGCCCGGGAGAGGAGGUCUUCAUCAUCGAACACACUAAGGAGGCCUUCAGGAACAAAGAUGAAUAUGAGGCCCGCUUGAAGAGGUACGAAGAGCGCAUCUGGACUUGCAAGAGCACUGGCAGCAUUCAGCUGACACACAAAGAAGCAUGGGAAGAGGAACAAGAAGUUACAGAAUUGCUUCAGGAGGAAUAUCCUCACUGGUUUGAGAAGCCUAUCCUGGAGAUGGUCCACCACAAUACAGUGUCUUUAGACAAAUUGGUUGAAAUGGCCUGGGUAGAAAUCCUAACUAAGUAUGCUGUUGGCGAAGAAUGUGACUUCACGGUGAGCAAAGACAAAAGUUUACGAGCGAAGGUGGCAAAGGUUCAUCCCCUUGAGCAUCCUGAGGGUGAAGCUGGAGAGAAGAAGCUUGAAGGGGCCUGUGAUUCUCCAUCCAGUGACAAAGAGAAUGCCAGUCAAGAGAACCAGAGGAAGGAACCUGCGGUCAGAGAGGAGGAGAACAGGAGAGAGGCUCUCAAUGAUACCGCACGCCGUUCACCAAGAAAACUUUCCACUGCCACAAAGGAAGAAAAGAAGAGGUGGGCAAUUCCCAAGUUCCUUCCCCAUAAGUAUGAUGUCAAGCUCGUCAAUGAGGACAAGGUCAUCAGUGACGUACCAGCAGACAGUCUUUUCAGAACAGAACGGCCUCCAACCAAAGAGAUCAUCCGCUACUUCAUCAGACACUAUGCACAGAGGCUGGGCAUGGGGGAGAGUGCACCCUGGGUGGUUGAAGACGAAUUGGUGAAAAAAUUCAAUCUGCCCAGUAAAUUUAGUGACUUUCUUCUUGACCCACACAAGUUUUUCGCUGAGAAUCCUUCUGCCAAGCGCAAGAGUUUGACAUCUCCAGAAGGUAAACCAAGGAAGAAACACAAGACACCUGCUACACCAGGAGAGGAUUCAUCAAUUGAAAAAGUGGAGAAGAAAGGAAAAGGCAAAAAAGAUACUCUCGGGAAGCCCCUGAGUCCGACCAUCUGGGGCCAUGUACAGAAAAUAAAAAUGAAUGGUUUGCCAUUAAAAGUAAAAAACUCUGGAACACCCAAGAAAGGAGAAGGGAAAGGCUCAGGCUCAGUUAAAAAAUCUGGAGACAAGAAGGACCCAAAGAAACCUGGAAAGAGUGGUGAUAAGAACAUUCUUAAAGCUUACAGGAAAGAUACAAAAGCGAGUGCCAAGACACCGAAGAUGAAGCAGAUGACCCUUCUGCAGCUAGCUAAGAGCCCUGCUGCAGGAAGCCCGAAGAAACGACCCCGGAGCAGUAGCACAGGCACUCCAAAACUAGGGAAGCCGUUACAUCCAGUGGCUCUCCACCUUCUUCGUUACUAUAAGGAGAACAAGGGGAAAGAGGACAAAAAGAAUUUCCUGUCUGCCCUAAUCACAAAGGCAGCGAAGGCUCUUCCACCGGACGACCGUGGCAGACUACCAGAUGAGCUGAGAGAGCAGGUCGAGAAACGCUGGGAGAGAUUGGAGCAGAAGAAGCGGUGGGCUGCCAUGAGCGAAGAGGAAAAGCAAGAAGAAAUGAAAAAGAGGCGGAAGGAUCUCAAAGAGAAACUGCGCGAAAAAGCCAAAGAGCGGCGCGAAAAGGAGAUGCUAAUCCGUCUUGAGCAGUCACGCCGGUACGAGGACCAGGAAAUUAAAGGCGGCAAGACGCUGCCGACAUUUAAGCUCGUUGACAUGCCCGAGGGUCUGCCCAACACCCUGUUUGGGGAUGUUGCCAUGGUUGUGGAGUUCCUUCACUGUUAUGCUGGCUUGCUAAUGCCAGAUGACAAGUAUCCCAUCACAUCUACAGCUUUAAUGGAAUCGUUGGCCGGCGUACGCUCCGCUUUCCACUACCUGAACCGCGUUCUGGUGGUGCUGCUUCAAACGCUGCUCCAAGACGAACUCGCAGAGGGCUACAGUGAGCUUGAUAUCCCCUUAUCCGAGAUUCCUCUCACCUUGCAUUCUGUGUCAGAGCUGGCGAGACUGUGUUUGCGGCCUUUUGACGCCCAAGGUGAGGAGAGUGGCCAGGGGUCCGUGGAUCUGGCCGGGAGUGGCUUCGAUGAUGUGGUGACCAGCGAGUUCCUGGAGAAGCUUGAAACUGUCGAGGUGUUUGAGCUUGACCCAGAGGAAAAGGUCAGCCUGCUGGUAGCGCUGUGCCACCGCAUACUAAUGACCUACUCGGUGGAAGACCAUGUCGAUACCAUGCAGCAACGGACGGCCGAACUAUGGAAGGAGCGCGUGGCGAUGCUAAAAGAGGUCAAUCGCAAGAAGGCUGAGAAAAAGAAGCAAAAAGAGAUUGACGGCAAAGUGCAAGAUGAGAAGAAAAAAAAGGACGAGGCAAAGAUCAAGAAAGAGGUCAAGGUAGAGUUGGUGGACAUGAUCAGUUCAGUCAAGAGUCGGCAGCUGAUGAGCUUGCAGGCCAAGAGAGAGAGAGAAGAGAUGGACAAACAGAACAAAGAACGCAUGGAAGAGGCAGCUGAAGAAGAGCGACUGCGCAGACAAAGAGCUACCGCAGAAAAGAAUUUUCAGGAGGGCAUAACAAAGGCCAAACUGGUCCUGCGCAGAACUCCACUGGGUACAGACAGAAAUCAUAACAGAUACUGGUUUUUCUCUGAUGUUGUUCCCGGCCUGUACAUUGAGAAAGGCUGGGUGCAUAACAGCAUCAACUACAGUUUCACUCCUCCUCUCGAGGAAAAAACAGAGCCUGAUGUGGAGGACGAAGACGAUGGAGCUGACGAUGACGGAAGUAUCGAUGAUACUAAUAAUGACGGCGGCCAGCCAGGGGCAGCAACAGACGUCUGUAUAGAAACUACUUGUCCUAAGCAAGGACAGAAUCUUUGGUUCAUAUGCGACAGUCCUGCUGUACUGGAGGAAUUGGUGGACAGCCUUCAUCCUCAUGGCGUUAGAGAAAGUGAACUGAAGGCAAAGAUAGAAAGCAGUUACCAGGACAUCGUACACUCCAUUAAUUUGACGCGAAAGGAGAAAGUGGGCCUUGGAGUCCCUGAUGAGGAUGCAGAACUUCUGAAAUAUUUACGGAGUGAUAUUCAGGAGAUAGCCUCACGCCUCUUGAAGGGCGGCCUGGGGUACUUUGAUGAUGACAAGGACAUUGAGGAUGAGUUGGAAAAAAUGGACACCUUGAAAGAAUUGGGAGAGUCCAUCAUCACCAUUCAGUCAUGUGUGAUCAAGAAGUUCUUGCAAGGAUUCAUGGCCCCCAAGCAGAAAAUGAAGAAAAAGCAAGCCGGGGAAGAAAACAAAACUGAAGAGGUUGAUGAGGAAAAGAAACUUGCAGAGGAAGCCAAGGUUGCGACCGCACUAGAGAAGUGGAAGACAGCCAUCCGUGAGGCCCAGACCUUCUCCCGCAUGCAUGUGCUGCUGGGAAUGUUGGAUGCCUGCAUAAAGUGGGACAUGUCUGCCGAGAAUGCCCGUUGUAAAGUUUGUCGGAAAAAAGGUGAUGAUGAGAAACUUAUCCUCUGUGAUGAGUGCAACAAGGCCUUCCAUCUUUUCUGCCUGAGACCAGUGAUAUACCGCAUACCCGAAGGCGAAUGGCUGUGCACGGCCUGUCAGCCCACCGUGGCCAGACGAGGCACACGUUCAAGGAACUACAAACAAGACAGCGAUGAAGAGGAUGAGGAGGAGGAGUCAGAAGAGGAAGACUCUGACGGGGAGGACGAUGAUGAGGAAGAGUCCGAAUACAAGGCUUUGGGCCACAGCUUGAGACCAAGAAAAAAAGUUAAGCAGCCUUUGCCUGUGCAGAAAAGUAAGUCUAAAAAGAAGUCAUCUACUAGUCAAAGUGGCAAGCACAGGACCGGCCCCAGUAGCCCUGCAGACAUCGAAGAACUGGUGCGUCAAAGCACCCAGUCAGGAGUGCGGAGACAAGCACUGGAGCUGGAGAGGUGUGAGGAAGUCCUGAAAAAACUGACCAAGUUCCGAUACAGCUGGCCGUUUAGGGAACCCGUGUCCCCAGAGGAGGCAGAGGACUAUCUGGACAUCAUUUCACAGCCCAUGGAUUUCCAGACCAUGCAGAGCAAGUUCAGCCAAGGCUCGUAUCGCCACGGUAACGACUUCAUAGAGGACAUGAAGCUGGUCUUCUCCAACGCCGAGGAGUACAAUAAGGAGGGAAGCACCGUGCUCACCUGCAUGACCAAGACGGAGCAGGCCUUCACAGAGCUGCUCCAGAAGCUGCUACCUGGCCUAAGCUACCUCCGACGUCGCUCACGCAAGCGGAUCAGUCGAGCUCCUGAAUCGUCAGAGGAGGAAGAUGACGAGGAGGAGGAGGAGGAGGAGGAAGAAGAAGAAGAGGAGGAGAAGGAGGACCAGGAACCACAGCGGAAAAGAAUUCAGAAUGGCAAGGCAAAUGCAAAGAAUAGCAGAAAUGGACAGGGAGCGCAGGAUGAGGAGAGUGAGGAGGACGAGGAGGAUGACAGCAAGAGGAGAAGUAAGAGGACGGCUUCCAAAGCGGCCGUGAAGGAUUUCAGCGAGCAGGAUAGCGACGGUGAGCGUGACACCCGUAGAACUUUGCAGCGGCGAUGCCGGACGGAGGCAGACGGGGUGAGCAGCGAUGACGAGGGGGCGGGCCGGCAGCGACGUUCGAAGAGGCAAAAACGCUCAUGAAACCCAAGCGUGCGUUUCACUUAGUCAUCCUCCUUACUUUUUAGUUCCUGUUCAAGUGAUCAGACUGCUCUCGAACAGCCAGCAGGGAAUCCAACCUCGCAAUGACUCUGUUAUUAUAUUUUUAAAAAACAAAACGAUUCAGUUCAGGGCGUACCUGCCCGAAGAUAGUGGGGAUCGGCUGCAGCACUCCCCGCGACCCUUGUAAGGAUAAGCGGCUCAGAAAAUGGCUGGAUUUAUAUUUGUAAUGUUUUUCUUUUUAUCAUUGAGAAAUUAGACAUUUUUAGGGAGGUCCUUACAGCUCUUCAAAACACCUUUUUACACCUGCUUCUCAAAUACUGCUGGGAUUGAAUCAACCUGACUGCUUGUCUUUCUCUGGCCUUUUUUAAAAUCUCAUGUCCCGGCAGUGCACUUUUUUUUUGGGGGGGGGGGGGGGGGGUUCCAAGACUAAAAAUACCACGUCAGGUGUAAAAGUAGCUGAGAGUAGGACCUCCUAUGCACCCCAUGAACACUUUAAACUAAUGUACAAAUAUGGACGACAACAAGUAUCAUUUCUCAGUCAAAUGCAAUUUUUGUACAGUAAAUCAAUCUUAAUUUCUCCGACCCUUUGGCCAAAUGCUGUGUUGUACUCGACUGGCCUCAUGUUGAGUUUGGAACCAACAAGCAGCCUCGGCGAGUAUCAUCAUUUGGAUGUUCAGUUCGGAAGUGGCCUGCCACUUUAAACAAAGCGGUAACCUCAAGGUUCUGUCGAGUGCACUACUUUGUGUAAAAUGUACCAAAACCAGCCAGCAGCUGCACGACGACUUUGCUAAAACAAUGUGCAUAAACAUUUGUAAACCAACAAAUAUGUUGUUAUGGGUAUUUUUGAAGAAUUAAUAUUUUUUUGCACAUUUUAUUUGGGUUUUGUAAGUCAUGUCUGCAUCAAUGUUUAUUCAGGAAUCUUGUAUUUGUCCAGAAAACAUGUUUGGUAUUUUUUUUUUUUUUUUUUAACUCACCUGUCGAGGCAAAAAUCUCGUAUCAUGCAUUUUUGCUCCACCUCGACAACGAUUUACAAUCAAAAAGCAGCUCCUCUUUAGCGAGUCACCAGGUGGCGAUCCUCUCCUCUUUUCUAACAGAUUCAGCGAUAGUUUUUCCUACACUUAUGUAGCCACUUUCUUUAUCCGUCGUCAUGGAGGGAAGGAAAUUCUAACACAUCACUUGAACAUUCUCGUGUGUAGGUCUUCAUUUACCCGACUACCGUAGACGCUGGCCUCCAUCCCCCCCUUCUCCAUUCUGUAAUGUAUGUAUUUUCAUCGCUUCUUUUAUGGCAUUUUUGGAUGUUAGUCUCUCCUUUGCUCCACUUUUACAACCAAUGAGUGAAAUUUGACUGCCCUUCUCAAGAUGGGACUCGACUUGUCUUUUACACGCCCCUUUUUAUAUGUAUAUUUAUAGUCUAGGCAGGUUGAAGGAAUCAUGAUGUGUAAAUUUUUUUUUUUUUUCAAUAAAGGCUACGG